UAUGGACGGUCUUGAGGCACCCUUUAAAAUUAUGGACGGUCUUGAGGCACCCUUUAAAAUUAUGGACGGUCUUGAGGCACCCUUUAAAAUUAUGGACGGUCUUGAGGCACCCUUUAAAAUUAUGGACGGUCUUGAGGCACCCUUUAAAAUUAUGGACGGUCUUGAGGCACCCUUUAAAAUUAUGGAUAGUCCUGAGGCACCCUUAAAAAUUAUGGACAGUCUUGAGGCACCCUUAAAAAUUAUGGACAGUCUUGAGGCACCCUUUAAAAUUAUGGACAGUCCCGAGGCACCCUUUAAAAUUAUGGACAGUCCCGAGGCACCCUUUAAAAUUAUGGACAGUCCCUGGGGCACCCUUUAAAAUUAUGGACAGUCUUGAGGCACCCCAUUCCAAAAUGGGUUGCCUCAAGACUCCAAGGCACCCCUGAAGAAACCUCAGGACACCCCUGA